AUGGACCCGGAGCCCGAGAGCGUGGCGCCCGAGACCGUGACGGCCUUCCAGCGCUGGGCUCGGUGCUUCUGCGUUUGUGUCUUUGAUUUGGAGCAAGGACAGCGGCUAGAGCUGGAGUUUCCAGCUGACAGCUUAGCUGAUGAAGAUCGACAGCUGCUUCGCUACUUGGCCUUUCCGGAUUUCGGCCCCAGCCGCUCCGCUGUGGAAAGCGCCGUGUUUCCGCUGCGCUUCCGGCGCGGCAGCGGCGCCUCGCGGGGCGUGUCGAGGACAGGCCGCAGUCCCUGUGGACCAGGACCCAAACGAGAAGAUGGGUUCUACUAUGCAGCCUCAUCCUUUCAACAGCAACCUGAUGAGGCCAGCAAACGAAAAUGCAGUCAACGCAGCCUGGUGGUGGUGUCGCAGCACAGUUUCUUGUCCUUAUGGGCAACACUAGUGAUGCGACUAGGUCAAUUACAGCAUUUGCCUUUUCGCGAGCUCCUGCAGAAAGCUGUGCAAGCCAUGGCAGAAUGGCCAAAUCCACUAAGUCCAAGCUCCACCAAGAUGAUGACACUGCCUUUGCUUGGCGGCAUCCUGGACUUCUGCCCUCCUGGUGCCACUCAGUUUGGUACAGCCAAUGGAAACUUGCUCACAGCUUCAUCUCCGGUGGAUGAACCCGGUUGGUCGUGUACUACCGCCUGGUCCACUGGGUCACGCAGCAAGCAGCAGCAGCAGCAGCGCGCCCGCGCAGGCGCUGCGGCGGCAUGGGCCUCGCUUGCCGCGGAGGAAUUGGAUUUUGUGGCUGACCAGCUGGGGUUGACUACCAUACCACCAGGGCCUUCAGGGCAAUGCCAGCCAUAUUCCGCCUUUGCUCCACUCAGCAGCUGCUUGUGGCCACUGUGGGAGGUGGCAUUAUGUGGUGAGCCUUUGGUCAUAUUCUCUCCAGAUUAUCCCACCAGGGUGGCGGGGGCUGUAUUGGCAGUGACUUCUCUGAUUUCGCCGGUGGAAUAUAUGGGGGAUUACCGACCCUACUUCACCAUCUAUGAUGGUGAUUUCGAAUACUAUCGCAAUUGCGUUCAAAGCAACGCAAUCAGCAGUCAGGCUGCCAUUUUCGGGGUCACCAAUCCAAUGAUCAUGCAACUCUGGGCCCGUUUCCCCACUGGCCUGCUUCUCCGCCCGCUGCAUGGCGGUACGCUUCCACUGCCUGAGGCGCAUCACCAAGUUCUACUGGAAAGUCCCCAGGGGGAACGGCUGCAACGACUUCGGAGGGAGCCGCUGCCCAAAGUGAAAGGUACCAAACCCUGGGGAAGUAUCAUAGAUGAUCAGCAUGAUGAGCGUCUCAUCAUGCAGCCGGAUGAACAGUUCCUGGCUCUUUUGGAAACACCCUGUGAUGAGGACAAGGAUCAGAUGGCCAGGCGCUAUUUCUAUGAGCUCACCUUGGCGUUUCUGCGCCCCUUCCUGCCACAUUUGAAGCUGUUGAAGGGACCAGAAGCCUUCAACGAAGAAUCCUUUUUGGCAUCCCUGCAGCCAGUGGGUCCUUUUUCGCAGUUGCCUCGGGCGGACUGCCAAUUGCUAUAUGACCGCUUCAUCAACGGCAUCAACUUUCAGCCUUGGUUAACGAAGGAAUUGGCCAAGCAGCACCUGAAUGACAAAGACUCAGCAGGUGCAGUUUCACCCAGCGACGAAAGUGCGAGUUGCAGUGGGGUCGCUGAUGAAAAGACUGUUUGCAAGGACUGGUUUUCCCAACACCAGGGCUUCGCCUGGACCGUCUUGGGCAGCUCUGUGACAGCCGAACUGGAGGAGUUGCGUGACGUCAUGUUGGACCACUUUGAGGCCGCUGGAGGCCAGGAGCUUCCCAUGGCGACGCUCUAUGCGGAGGUUCAGUCCCUGCAGUUGAGAUCCAAGGUGCCAAAGUUCUGGGGGAAAUUUUCCUCUCAGCUGGGCCAAGAUCGUGAAGCUGGUGAAUGUAUCAACCUCUCGGAGCUCACGGUUUUUCUCCUCCUUUGGCUCCGUGCCUUGGAGAAGGGACUGGUCGGCCUAGUCCGGGUCGACUUGGGUGAAGCGUUGCAUCUGGCCAUCAAGGAUGACCGGAAGUCGGAUCUGGAUCGCUUGCUGGAGAAGGGGGCGGAUCCAUCGUAUCGUGGCAAGCGCGGCCAGACCGCCUUGCACGAAGCCGCAUGGUACGGGAGGGCCUACUGCAUCAAGGAGUUGCUUCGGGUCAUGCCGGAGGUGAUGGCUGAGAAGGAUCGUGCAGGUCAGACAGCCAUCCACUGCGCUGCUGCGGAAGGACAUCACGCCUCCCUUGAGGAAUUGCUGGGAAUGCGGCAGACGCCAAGAGAGGUCCCACUGGAGCUCCUGAGCGCCAAGAGCUACAAGAUCGGCUGGACGGCCCUGCACUAUGCAGCUCACAAUGGCCAUGCCGAGUGCUGCCGCCUACUGAUGUCGGCUGCAAGCCAAGCGCCAGAGUUCAUCGGCGCCGUGACGAACACUGGGCGAACGGCCUUGCACUUGGCCAGCGUCAACGGCCACCGAAAGUGUUUGAAUAUCUUGCUUCGAACGCACAUGGCCAAAAAGCUCAUGACGACGCAAAGUAUGGAUGGUCACACGGCUAUGCACUUGGCUGCGCGCUUUGGACAAGAGAACUGCGUGAAGACGUUGGCCAAGAAACUGCCAGACUUAGUCAAGGUGAAGAACUUCUCGGGGCAUCCCUCGUUGCACGAAGCGGCACGGCGCGGCAACAACAAGUGCGUGGAGACGCUCAUGGCACUUGGGGGCGGCAACGAGCUCUCCAAGAGCACCAAGUACUAUGCAGAGACGCGUGGGCACAGUGACAUCGCUGAUGCUCUGAUAGAGAUGGAACAAAGGUUCAAGCGUCAGCAGACAGCCUUGCUGCGGAGGCGUUCCACGCGCUCCAUGUCAUUCUCACAGUCCUUGCCCAACAUCGCAAUGUGA